AUGGCACCAUUGAGCAACACCGCCCUGGCACCUGCUAUCAGCAAUCAUUUGUCACAUCCCCCGGCCUUCUUACCUCCAUCCUUUUCGUCCAUCACCACUCGCGACGAUGCUUCCGAUGCUGCCCGUGCGAAGAAAAAGAAGGAGAGGAUCCGCAACAUUCUGAUCAUCGCCAUUAACCCGGUGACUCUCAUUGUUGUUGUAAUGGUGUUCUACUACCUCAUCAAGGGCAUCCGGAACGAAAUCCGCUACCGUCGCCAGAAGAAAAAGAACGACCUCGAGGAGCUGGCGAUACAGCAAGAAUGGGAGCGCCAGUGGAACACCCAGUUCGGCAUUGGGUCCAACAACUACAUACCUCCGAAAACGGCGCCGGUCGGGGAAGGCGGAGCAGUAGCACAACCUGGCAACAGCAAUACCAAUGCCAACGCCAACGAGACACCACGGGCGGCUUCUUUUCCAUCUUCCACUGGCGAUGGCCACGCAGCAAUACGGCGACAGUACCCGCCAUACCGGUAG